UUUUGGGCUUCCAGCUCCAGGUGAAGUGUCUUCUCAGCUCUUCUGGACUCUGGAGUCUGGAGUGGUGGAGACUGGCAAUGAGGCUGCUGAGUGCUGAUUGGGCAGCCAGGGAUGCUCACCAGCUUGGUUACCGUACUCUCACCCCCAGCUCAAGAUUAAACUAAACUGAAAUGUUAACUUCCACUGUCAUAAAGUUAUUAAAAUCUCCAUGUCUUUCACAAAUAUCAAGAGGAUCUCAGUCAUGCAGUAUUUUCAGCUCUGCCAUUCACUGCAUUGGUCGUGAUGGCCUGCCAGUAGAGACUGACACUCACAAACUGCGCCAGUAUGUGUGUGGGUCAGACAUGGUCAAAGAGAACCGGCAGGACGUCAAGGUUAAGGAGGACCACGAGUAUCCUGACUGGCUCUGGAGCCUUCGCACUGGCCAUCCUCUGCCACUGGAGGAGCUGGACCCCAACACCAAAUACUACUGGCGCCGGCUGCGCACCCUCCACAUGCGCAAUAACAACAAAAUCGCAAAGCUCCGAGGAUUCUAAUAUCUGGAAAACAAUCCUAGUUAUUGUUGCUUAGAAUGAUACUGCUUUUUACUCUUAAAAAUUUAAAUCACAAUUAGAGUUGUCCAAGUUUUAGGAUCAAAAUCUGGAACGGACUAAGAGUAGGAAACGUCUGUUCUAUACAAUAUAUGUGCGAUUGUUGUUGAAGUUGCAAGGGCUGUAGCUGCGAUGCCAGGAGUGUACAAAUUGUGUGUAAACUUUAACAAUAAACAGUGAACCUCGA